AUGAAGAAUAUUUUUAAAUAUAAAAAUAGAUUAACGUUAUUUAGAAAAGGUUUCUCAACAACUAAUAAGCCAAAGGUCGAAAUAAAAAAAACGAUACUGUAUGAUUCACAUAAGAACAACAAUGCAAUUUUUAAGAUACAACAUGGUUUCUAUUUACCAGACGAAUACAAAGACAUCACGUUGAUUACCUCCAAUUUACAUACUCGAACAAACUGUUCAUUAUUUGAUUAUACAUAUAGACCGAUAUUAAAAAUAAGUGGGGAGGAUAAAAUAAAUUUCAUUGAAAAAUAUGUAGGUAGUGAUAUUAAAGGAUUAUGGGAAAAUGAAUGUAGAAUUAGUUUACUGUUAAAUGACAAGGGUGGUAUUAUAGACGAUAUUAUGAUUAUACUUCGAGAGAAAUAUUUGUUAUUAUAUUUAAAUAUACAAUGUAAAGAGAAGGUAUAUAAAUAUUUAAAAGAUAAACUUUUAGAAAAUGGGAAAUUACAAGUUCAAAUUGAAGAAUUUACUUCUCAUAGUUCUAUAUGUAUACAAGGUAGUAAAUCAAGUGAUGUACUAAAAGAACUAAUAGAUUAUAAUAAUGGAGAUGUGGAAACAAGUUUAGAUAACUGUAGUUUUAUGUCAAGUACAUUAACUAAAAUAAAUAAAAUAGAUAAUUGUAUUUUAAAUAGAUAUACAUGUACAGGUGAAGAUGGUUUUGAUAUAUUAAUACCUAAUAAAUAUGUUAAUGAUUUAUAUAAUUUAAUAUUAAAAAAUGAAUUAGUAAAACCAGGUGGAUUAGCUGUUCAAAAUACAUUAAGAUUAGAAAGUGGAUUUUGUGAAUAUGGAAAAGAUAUUAAUGAAGAUAUUACACCUAUAGAAUCAAAUUAUAAAUGGAGUUUAGGACAGAGAAGAUUAAAAGAACUAAAUUUUAAUGGAGCUCAUAUUAUUAUGGAUCAAAUAAAAAAUGGAACCAAAAUUAAAAGAGUGGGUAUUCUCAUUAAUACUAAUAUUGUACCUAAAGAAAAUACAAAAAUAUAUUCUCAUGAAAAUGUAGAACAAAUAAUUGGAUAUAUUACAAGUAGUGUCUUCUCUCCUGUAUUACAAAAACCUAUAUGUAUGGGAUAUGUUAAAUCUGAAUAUGCACAUAUAAAUAAUUUAAUCAAAGUUGACUGUUUAAAUAAAUUGGAAAUAGCUCAAAUUACAAAAUUGCCUUUUGUUCCUUUAUCUAUAUAUAAACUUUGA